CUAAUGCGGCCAGCGGGAGACCACGUAUCGUGUGCCCGAGUUUUAUUCGAGGAGGCGGCGGUUAGACUCGCAGGCCGACUAGCCGGAUCAGUUGGGAUUACGAUUAGGGAUGUGGUACUGGAAAGAUGAAACCAGAACUCUUGAAUUCAGAAGUUUUACACCUGCAGUAGAACUCAAAGAAAGAGGAAAGAAAGGCAAAGCAGUUCACUUUGCUGAAAUUGAUGGUCCAGCUUCAGACAGGUUGACAGAUAAAAGGUUUGCUUUAAGAGAUGAUAAGUCACCCAAAGGCUUAGAGAAACGAAGUCAGCAGGGCAACGUUACACUCCACGAUGCUAAAUUUGUUGCUUUGCUUUUGCUACAAGAUACUGAGAUGCAGCAUAUCUGUUCUUUUACAACAUUUAUGAGGAAUAAGAAUCUUGACAAUUUCCUCAUGGCAUUGUUGUACUAUUUAUAUUAUUACUUGGAAAAAAUCUCACAGGAAAAGAAACCCAAAAGCUGUAUGGUGGGCCUUGUAGAGAAAAAAGAAAUGGAAUUGGUUAUCAGUAAGUUAGAAGCAGCACAGAAAUACUUGGCACAGAAGUACUGUGUCCUCGUCCUGGGCUUGGGAAUGCCUGAUAAGCAUCACAUGUGCUGCGGAAAGGGGAAAAUAUCAGAUACACAAAAAGACUGGAAAUUCUUUGAGUCCUUUUAUACUUUCUGUACGUAUGUAGCCUGGAUUGUCUUCCGACGUCAACACUUCACAGAGAUUGAGGAAGAAAUAGGGAGGCUCUUUCGUUCCGACAUGUUCAACAUUCCUCGAAGGAAGCGCGAGGAUGAAGAGUCAGGAGGGGAAAAGAAACGCAUGACUUUUGUACAAUUCAGGAGAAUGAUGGCAAAGCGCCCAGCGAUGAAAAAAGCCAUUAACAUGCGCUCUCCAGUCAUGUCUACUCUGCUGCCCUCUCUCAGAGAAAAAGCUCAGAAUAUCUCUGAGAAAAAGUACCGUCAAGUAGGCAUGAAAUUCCCAGCCCGGAUGCAAGAGCACAAGGAAAAUCUGGACUCUGUGCACAUGCCAAUAGUUGGCAUCCUGGGAGAGCCUCGAUGUCAGUUCAACCCCCAUACCCUUAUCCCCCUCGAUACAGAAGAAAGCAUGAAGUCUGGGAGACAGUCUUCCACGAUAGAAAGAAAUAACAUGAGGAUUCAGGAUACACUAGACUUAGUCAUGAGAGCACUGUCCUCUCAAACAACAUUCCCUAAAUAAUCUGUACAUUCCAUUUCUGUAAUUAAUUCCUGUAUUUGAAGUAAACUACUUUGACUUAAUCACUUUAUACAGGAGUAGUGUUUAUUAUUAAACUUUAAAAGUUGUUCAAAUUAUUUUGUUAAAAGUUCAACAAUAGACUAAAGAAUUCCAGAAAGCUUU